CACCUCUACCUCAAAGUGCAUAAACUCGAAGCACGAAAAAAGAAACUGUCUUCUUUGUAAACCGCCGUCCUCGCUUCCCUUCACUUCGACUCGAACUACGCUUAUUUCUCUCUUUCUCUGUACAUACAAAAUCUAUACAAAUAUUUAAUUUACACAGAAACUAACAUAUAAUAUUUCUUAAGCGUUCCUUGGCUUUCUUUUUGGUGUAAAGAUGACAAAAGGCGACGAUUCAGUGAUGAGGAAGAAGAACAAAGCCAGGAGGAAGAAACUCAAUAAGAAAGAAUCUUCUUCUAAAGUUUCCGCUCGUGUCGCCGCCGUUAUCGCCGCCAAGAAGCGCCGGAAGUCCGGUACACGUCGCCAGUGCCAGGGGAUGUGUUUUAGCCUUCCUACCCCUGAUGAUCCCUUCAAUGAUAGGCAUGGUAAGAAGGAAUUUCAAACAAAGGAAACCAAGAAGAAAAUGCCUUUGCAAGCGGAUAAGAAGGCAUUUGUUAAGGGCAAGAGUGAUAUUUUGAAGAAAGGAACUAAUGGCAAGAACAAUGGAAUGGUAGAUUGUGUAGAACGAAUAAACAAGAAGGUUAUAAAUUUGAAGAAUGAGCAGUCAAAGUCAAUUACAUCUAUAGAUAAUAUGGGGCUGAGAAGCCCUAUUAACUUUGGAAGAACAGAGAUUCAGCUGAAUGGGAAGGGUUUUGCCAAUGGUCAUCAAGUACAAGCCUCUGAAAACUCUGACUGUCCAUCAAAGUUUCUUAUAUUGUGCUUGAAUGCCAUACAGAAUGCAUUGCAUCAUGAGGGUACCUACAGUGUUGAGGAGGGAAAGCCUUUGUUUGUCAACUCUUGGGGAAUUGAUUUCUGGAGAUGUUAUUCUUCUGAAACGGAUAUAUUGGAGACAAGUGGGUCUUCUUCUACCACUGAGCAAAUUGCAUGGAUGGUUUCUACAGCUGCUGAUAAUAUUGCAAGAAAGGAGAAAGAAGGUUUUUCAUUCAGCAGCCCCUUCCUUUUAUUCCUUGUACCAUCUCAAGAAAAAGCUGCUAAGGUACGCUCAGUUUGCAAGCCUUUGAAACCAUUGGGAAUUCAUACAGUGAGUCUGCAUCCUGGUGCUGCCUUAGAUCACCAGAUUAAUGGUUUGAAGAGUUGUGAGCCUGAGUUCCUUGUUUCCACUCCUGAGAGACUUCUUGAGCUUGUUUCCUUGAAGGCCAUAGAUAUUUCUGGGGUCUCUAUGCUGGUUGUUGAUGGACUGCAAUCUCUUGGUAAUGGUGGUCAUCUUAGUACUGUGAACUCCAUCAGGCAGUCUAUUUCCGGAAAACCCCACACUGUGCUUUUCAGUGAUUGCCUUGGUUAUGCCUCUGUUCCAGCAGUGCAAAAUCUUCUGACUGGAUCAGUUUAUAGAUUAUCUCUUAAUGAUUCAAUUUCCAGUCAAAGCUCUUGCAUCAUCCAAUCCAUUAGUGUGUUUGCCUCAGAGGAAGAAAAAUUAUUGAAGGGCAUCCAAUUGUUGGAUCAUGCGUAUGCCAACCAUCUCUCUUCUCAGCCUUUAAAGGUGCUGUAUGUUGCUGGGAAAGACAGUAGGUUUCAAAAGUUAGUGUCCUCCCUUAACUUAAAGGGUUACUCCAUCUCAGUGGGUUCAAAUUCUAUCGUUUCAAAAGCAAAUAUCAGGUGAUUUGGCAACCCCUAAUUGUGUACUGCUGCUUUAUUCAUAACCUUUUACAUUAUAGAUUGGAAUUGGUAGUUACUACUGCUGAUUCUAAACCUUAACAAUUCUUGCUAUGCUAGUUAUCCAAAUGGAAGUACUAUGCUUUUCGUUGCUUUAGAACUAACCCUUCUCCUCUAAUCAUAAACGCUUUCACUCUUACUUUGAUUUUCAUGGCGUCAAUUUUGAUGACUUGGAGUCUUGGAACUAGAAGCAACAAAUUUGCUUUACAUGAGACUAGAAGGUCGAAUAACACUAUGGGGGCG